AAGCAGUGUAAACGUCAACAAAACAAAGUUUCGUUGUUAAUGAUUUGAGUAGUUUAAAAAUUGUUUUUAAUAUUUGUAAAAGAAACAGAAUAUCAAAAAUAAUGUAUUAUACAACUGUUAAAGAAGAAAAUACACGAAUUGGUCCUUCGUAUAGUGAACCUGUACCAAAUAUAACUAAAGAAGAAAAAGAAAAUUAUUUUAAAUUAAUAUCUUGGCCCAAUCGAAAUCCAUUUUUCCAACAAUAUAGGUCGGAAUGCUAUCUGAAAAAUAUUCCAGUUAUUAUAAAUAAACCAAUUGAUCAAAAUACUCCUCAAAAUGCUCAUAAAAUAAAACAAGGUUGGAUAAAUGAUUUUUUUGGAUGUUUACAGCCUGUUUUUUCCAUAAUUGGAAAAGGAGUUGAAGAACAUAAUUAUUUUCAAGAUGAUUGGGAAAUUUCUUUUGAAAAAAUUACCCAACUUCAAUUUCUUGGGUGUGGAGGACAAGGAGCAGUAUUUUUUGGAAUGCUUGAUGAAAAUCCUGUGGCUGUAAAAAAAGUAAACGAAUUAAAAGAUACCGAAAUUAAAAAUCUUCGAAAAUUAAAUCAUCCAAAUGUUGUUAAAUUUAUAGGAGUUUGUACUCAAGAACCAUGUUUUUGUAUAGUUAUGGAAUUUUGUCCCUUCGGUACUUUAUUUAAUUUACUUAAAGAUCAAUCAAAUAUAAUAACCAUAAAUAGAGUGGUAACCUGGACAAAACAAAUUGCAAACGGAAUGCAAUACUUGCAUAUGCAAAAUAUUAUUCAUAGAGAUCUAAAAAGUCCAAAUGUCUUAAUUGGUGACAACGAAAUAAUAAAAAUUAGCGAUUUUGGAACUUGUAGAACUUUUAAUGGUAUAAGCGAAAAAAUGACUUUUGCUGGAACGGUUGCUUGGAUGGCACCAGAAGUAAUAAAAGAACAAGCCUGUAGCGAAAAGGUGGAUGUAUGGUCUUUUGGAAUUGUAUUAUGGGAGCUUUUAACUUGUGAAAUUCCUUAUAAAGGAUUAGAGCAAAGUGCUAUAAUGUAUUCAGUGGGUAGUGGAAAACUUAAACCACAUAUUCCUGAAUCUUGCCCAGAUGGUUUUAAACUUAUAAUGAACAUGUGUUGGAAAAUAAAUCCCAAAGAGAGACCUUCAUUUAAACUAAUUUGUAACCAUAUAGAAAUUGCUUCUGUAGAAAUAUUAGCAACAUUUCAAGAAAAAGAAUUUAUUAUGUCCCAAAAAAAAUGGAAAAUGGAAAUAAAAACAAAAAUAAAUUUAUUUGUGGAACAAUUUCAAAAAUUUCAAAUAGAGUAUAAAUUAAAAGAAGAUCAAUUAAUUAAACGAAGGCAAAUGGAACUUAAACAUAUAUGCGAUGUAAGAGAAUUGUACGAUAAAAAACUAGAAAAAGUAAAUGCGUUAUUUAUUGAAUUAAAUGCAGCUUUAAACCAUGUAAAUAAAAAUACACAAAUAAAAAAUAUUGAAUCUAUAAAUCAAAACUUCUCAUCCUUAAGUCUUGACUAUAGUUUGGGCAUUUCGAAAACCAAUAAGAGCCCGAGCCUUAAAUCAAUAUGUACCUUAUUUAAUUUAUCAACAGAUUCUGAGACUGAAACUAUAGGUUUUGAGAAACAAAAAUCUGAGAAAACAUCUAUAAUUGCAGAUGCAGAAACUCAAACACUUAUAAAUGAUAUGGAAAUUAAACCAAAUUGUAAUAAAAAUAAAGCCCAGACGGUUAUUUUACAACAAUACCAAAAUGAUGGUGAAAGAAGAAAAAAUUACAUUAAAAUACAUUAUAUGGCAGGUCAAUCGCAAUCAAAUGACAAUCACACCAACAUUAGUUCCAAAGAUCAAAAUUUAAACAGAAAAGUUGGUGAUUUAUUAGACACUGAUUAUAUGGACUAUAUGAAGUUGGAUUCAGAUAGUUCCUUUGAAAUGGAUGUUAAUGAAAAUAGGAAUAUUAUACAACCUGACUUUAUAAAAAAACAAUGUCUUAGUUAUAAAAGAAAAUUGUAG